AUGUCAUUGCAGGAAAGCUUGAUUUCAGAAGUAGAAUCGAGCUCUGUUUUUGUUAUGCUUAGAUCCACACCUCCAGGUACAGCACCAAUUAAAAUGAAAAUCGAAUAUGUCGCUGUUUUUAUCUUGUUUUUAUUAUCUGCGCUUUUCAUAUUAAAUGGUGUAUUCUACUAUUUACAAGGAAGAUACAUAGGCUACAUUCCGUCGCCAUCAGAGUUAUCCAUUGGCUCAUAUCAAGUUCAUCUCACUUCAACUUUUUAUCCAAUUUGCGGUUUCAUCCUUUCCAUAUUGCUUACAAUUCGAACAUCGCAUAUAGAUUUAUCCUCAAGGGUUUCUAAAUUAACUAACCGCUUACUUAGAUUUUUCUCCAUCUUCAAUGCAAUUUUAUUCAUUUUUUAUGGCUGUUUCACAAUUGUUGAUCAUAGGUUUGUUCAUAACAUUACGCUUUUAUUGUUAACAAUAUGCAUUUUAGUUUAUGAAUGUAUUUCUGCUCGUUUAGUUAAAACAUGGAAGAAUUACUUGUCAAUUAGUGGAUCCAUCGCAAUGUUCGCAUUAAGUUUAACACUUAACAUUGUUACAAUGCUCCGUCCGUAUAAAAUCCAAAAUAUCGUUCCAUAUUGCGAAUACGCAGCUAUAGCUUUGAUAUUCUUGUUCAUUUUAUCUCUUUUCUAUGAAUUAUCUCAAGUUAUUCUUGAUGUGGUUGUCAUCCAAGAAAAGAACAACAAUUAG